UGUGAUGAUUCUUCUUCCUGUUUUGGUCACUGAUUUUCUAUGUUAUAGGUUUCCCUUGGAAGAUUCUGAUAGGGUUUUUGUCUUUUGAUGAAACUAAUAUUCUUUCUUCCUCUAUUUUGGUUUAUGGAGUUAAAGGUUGGGGGAGUGUUUAGAUGAGAAAAGCCAAAUUGUCUACUAGUGAAGUUGAUUAACUAGUGGUGUGAACUGUUUUAAGUGGCCACUUGAUGAGAUAUUUUUGUUCCACUGACCUGACCACAAGAGUUUUUUGGUUGCUGAGAAAGUUGAGUAGGAAAAAAUAUAAUUCUUUUUUCUUUUAUAAGAAAAACAGAAUCUUCUACUUCAGAAAAAAAGCCAAACGUUUCUUUUCAACAUGAGAUUCCGCGAAUUCUGGAACAUGAGAUUCUCUUCAAGACUUGUUUUUUUCCAUUUAUUCACUACUUAAUGGAUUUGUCUUGUUUUAUUGGCUCUUUCAUCUCACAAGUUAAUCCUUCACUCAAGAUUCUUGAACGUAUCUACUCGUAUUCUUAAAGAUCUGUGAGAAACGCUUUUGCUGGGCCAUCAAACAUCCCUGAGUAUGAUACUGGAGAAGAAGGAGAUCUAUUCAAAGCUCCUGAUUCAAUUCUUGAAGAGUCAAUCUUAGCCGUUGAUCCACUCUCAGCUGCCUUUACGAUGAUAUCUUGCGGGGAAGACUCUUCCCAAGGGCUUUGUGAUCUUCCUGAUCUCGAUCUUGGGUCGUUUCAGAGUGGUCAGCAGCUUCUUGACAAAGCCUUUUAUGAAUGCGAGCAAAGUCUCAUGAUGAAAUCAGCCAUGAUGGAGUCUCCACUCGCUGAUGUUUUAGACGUAAAGAACAUCUCUCUCGUGACAACGGGGAUCGAUGAGAGCCAGGAUACGCAGAAGACCGUGAGCUCGGGGAACUUGACCUCUAUCGAUUGGUCAAAUGCACAGCAAGAGGCUGUUGUGGUUCCGAAGUUCCCUGAUUUUGCUCAGUUGGAUUUUGGUUCUGAUUAUGGGAUGCGACGAGCCUUUAGUGAAGGCGACAUACAGAAACUAGGGACUGGUCAUUUUCAAUCUCCAUUGGAUAUGAUUAUUGUGAGCUGUACUUCGGAGGAUCGACGUGAGAAGCUAUCUCGAUACAGGAACAAGAAGAGCAGGCGAAAUUUCGGGCGUAAAAUCAAGUAUGCUUGUAGGAAAGCUCUUGCAGAUAACCAACCGAGGAUCCGAGGAAGGUUUGCGAAAACAGAGGAGAGGAAGUAAAAUGGUUUCAAAUGAAUGGGGCUGAGGCAAAAGGAAGAACUUGAAAACAUAAGGAGAUAAAGCCUCUCCUGCAUUAGAAACUAGUUUUGUUAAUAUGUAAUACAUGUAUAGAAUUAAAAUGUUAUAAGCCUUUAGUUAGUUCUUUUUUUGUUGUAUAUAAAUGGUUUCUCUGAAUAAGCUUUUUAUGGAAAGAAAUGUAGCUACAGAAGUGUCAUGUAAUGGAGGUGAAAUUUGUAAAAAAGUAUGUAUGUGUAAAAUUCUAUAUAUUUAUUAUAUAUAUUGUUAUAAAUCAA